AAAUGGUUUUGAAUGCUAAUUUAUUUAUUAUAAUAUUAUUUAUUAUAAUAUUAUUAUUAUUAUUAUUAUUAUUUAUUAUAAUAUUAUUUAUUAUUAUAAUACUUUUCAGGUCAACUCUGAUUUAUGAAUUUUGCUUCAACUUGGGAAGUAAUAGCGAAUCUUAAAAUUUUUAAAGUUUUAAAUCAGAUAUCAACACAAGGACAACCUGUAUGAUUUUGCCUCUUCUUUAUGCACAUCUUAUAAUUUUCCUUCCAGUUUUAUCACAUUAAUCAUUAAUCGCACACUUUUAGCUCUACAUCAAUAAAGGUCAAAGUUUAGUAAGACUAGUACCGAGAACGAAUUUAAGAGCAGCUGUAUAUAACAGUCGUUCAUAAGAAUAAUUUAUUUAUCCAUUCUAUUCCCAGCAUUCAUAGCAAUCUCAACUGGAAAUACAUAGAUAGUUUAUUAUAAUUUCCACAACUUAAAUAUAAAAUAAUUAUAAAAAUGUACAAUUUGUUUCGUGUUAAUACUUGUGGGCCCCAAUUUCAUGAGUUUGUUGCAAUACUGUUAAUCAUACUGCUUCAAUCUGCCGUAACCCGUUGUAGAGCAGAUUAGAAUAUUAUCAAUAUUGCAAUUCGCGAAGACACAAGUUCAUACUAUUCUUCGUCAGCAGGAGUCGAUUAUGAUAUUUCAAAAUGCAAUCCUACCAUUUCGAACGGAAUUGGAGGAUUCGUAAACCGGAUAGAAACGAACAAAAAAUGUUUCAACAUUUAUCCUGGACAAAAUUGCACAGGUUGGUUUAUUAGAUUCACCGUGAACGAGAUUACGGGCACGAUGUACUCACCAAAAACAUACCGUUGGGUGGGGGACGACUUGACGGAGGAAGAUUUACGAAUUGGAUCAGUUGGACCUUGUUUUGAUAAGUGCGACUCUAGAAACUGGCAAGGUGAUAGCAAGCAACCAGUCGCUGUGACAUUGUAUGAAAGGACUGAAUUCAAGGGUAACAAAACUGACCUAGUUCUGGACGGGGAUGGCUGUGUCCUGAUUCCACGAUCACUGCCACAUUUUAGAUCCAUGAAAAUAAGUGGAGAUGAAAAUUCUUGUAUCGAACUUCAUAGUGCGUCAAGUUGUGGUGGAGAAUUCACCCAAUUUCGACCUGGAUAUCUUCAACUGCACGAUCUAUUUGAUUGUGGGUUGGGUGGAGAACACAAGUAUGCUGCGUAUAGUGCGAAAGCAAUAUCUCGAUGUGGGGGGUUCUGCAAUAAAUCAGUGCCUGAUCUCAACCAUGAUACUGGAUCGGAUUAUCUGGGAAAAAAUACCGUCACAUUUUUCGAUCAUCAGGGACACUAUGGUCACGCUACGAAUGUGAAUCUCACCAGCGGCUGUGUCACCCUUGACAGUAAUAACCGAUAUUUAUCCAUUAGAACUUAUGGUCAAUGCGUUAUUCUAUACGGGGUGGCUGGCUGCGUAGAAACGCAGGGAUAUUAUACGUUGCAAACCGCCAGAAAACCGUUGGAGUACUAUGUCGAGAAACUUCUCACUCUUACGAUCCCAUUUCUUCCGAAAUCUAUCCAAUUAUGCGAUGAUGAAAUGCCCUGGGAUGCAGAAUCUGAUGAUAAGACAAAUCAGGAUUCAGGACUAAAAGAUGGGUAUCAACAAUCCACUCCUAAAAUCUGGGUGAUUGUAAUGCUUUGUUUUGUGGGAAUGUUUGUCCUUGCCUUUACAGCAUUGGGAGGAGCUUACAUUUCCAAAUACUACGAAAAUAUUAGUUACAAACAUAAUGUGCAGAGAUUUAAUAUUUUGUACAAACCGGAGUCGACCUAACGACAUUAUCUUGUGUCAUAAAAGAUAGUAUUUUCAGUUCUGACAGAUAUAAGACAUACAUAAAUUGAAAUAAAAACGACAGUAUGAACGUGAAUUAUGAG